CCGACCCGCACAUCUUUCGACUGCUCGUGGGCUUACUGUCAGCUGGUACCAAAGGCGAGAAAACUCUUUGGAGAGCAACAUCUUAUUGUGGCCAUGCCAGAACCCACUAAGCCAGAGGAAAAUGAAGUGCCAGCUCCAGCCCCAGCCCCACCGCCGGAAGAACCAAACAAAGAGAAGCAGGCGGAAACGGCUCCAGCAAAAGAGGAAGAGGAAGCUUCCCCGCCUAGUGCCUUGCCUCCAGGUUUGGGUAGUCGGGCCCUGGAAAGAAAAGACUCAGAAUGGUCUCUCGGUGAGGCACCUGCUGGCGAGGAACAAGACAAGCAGAAUGCCAAUUCUCAGCCAUCCCUCCUGUUUGUGGAGAAACCUCAAACAGGAACCGUGAAAGUGGGUGAAAAUAUCACCUUUAUAGCUAAAGUCAAGGCUGAAGAUCUUCUUAGGAAGCCCACUGUCAAAUGGUUCAAGGGGAAAUGGAUGGAUCUGGCCAGCAAAGCUGGAAAGCAUCUUCAACUAAAGGAAACCUUUGAAAGGCAAACACGGGUAUACACAUUUGAGAUGCAAAUCAUCAAGGCCAAAGAGAAUUAUGCAGGAAACUAUAGAUGCGAGGUCACCUACAAGGAUAAGUUUGACAGCUGUUCAUUUGACCUUGAAGUGCAUGAAUCUACAGGGAUGACUCCAAGCAUUGACAUCCGGUCUGCUUUCAAGAGAAGUGGAGAAGGUCAAGAGGAUGCAGGAGAACUUGACUUUAGUGGUCUCCUGAAGCGUAGGGAAGUGAAGCAGCAGGAGGAAGAGCCCGAGGUGGACGUGUGGGAGCUGCUCAAGAACGCCAACCCCAACGAGUACGAGAAGAUCGCCUUCCAGUACGGCAUCACCGACCUGCGGGGCAUGCUCAAGCGGCUCAAGCGCAUGCGCAGGGUGGAGAAGAAGAGCGCCGCUUUUGCAAAAAUUCUGGAUCCUGCAUAUCAGGUUGAUAAAGGAGGCAGAGUGAGGUUUGUUGUGGAAUUGGCAGAUCCAAAGUUGGAGGUGAAAUGGUAUAAAAAUGGUCAAGAAAUUCGACCCAGUACAAAAUACAUCUUUGAACACAAAGGAUGUGAACGAAUCAUGUUUAUCAACAACUGUUCACUGACGGACGACUCAGAAUAUUACGUGACAGCUGGCGAUGAGAAGUGUUCCACGGAGCUCUUCGUCAGAGAGCCUCCCAUUCUGGUGACUAAACAGCUGGAAGACACGAAUGCGUACUGCGGGGAGAAAGUGGAGUUAGAAUGUGAGGUGUCUGAGGAUGACGCUAAUGUCAAAUGGUUUAAGAAUGGUGAGGAAAUCUUCCCUGGUCCAAAGUCAAGAUACAAAAUUAGAGUUGAAGGUAAAAAACACAUUCUGGUCAUCGAAGGAGCCACGAAGGCUGAUACUGCAGAAUAUUCGGUCAUGACAACUGGAGGCCAGUCAUCCGCUAAGCUCAGUGUUGACUUGAAACCUCUGAAGAUCUUGACACCUCUGACUGAUCAGACUGUAAAACUUGGAAAAGAAAUCUGCUUGAAAUGUGAAGUCUCUGAAAACAUAACCGGAAAAUGGACUAAAAACGGUCUACCUGUUCAGGAGAGUGAUCGGCUGAAGGUUGUUCACAAAGGGAGAAUCCACAAGUUAGUCAUAGCCAGUGCUCUCAUUGAAGAUGAAGGUGAUUAUGUAUUUACACCAGAUGCCUAUAAUAUUACUUUGCCUGCCAAAGUUCAUGUUAUUGAUCCUCCUAAGAUCAUCCUGGAUGGCCUGGAUGCUGAUAAUACAGUGACAGUGAUCGCAGGAAAUAAGCUUCGUCUCGAGAUUCCUAUCACAGGAGAGCCACCUCCUAAAGCUAUUUGGAGCCGGGCAGAUAAGGCUAUUAUGGAGGGCAGCGGGCGGAUAAGGGCAGAAUCUUAUCCCGAUAGCAGCAGUCUGAUCAUUGAUGCAGCUGAAAGAGAAGAUUCUGGAGUUUACCACAUAAAUCUGAAAAAUGAAGCCGGAGAGGCACAUGCCAGCAUUAAGAUUAAAGUUGUGGACAUCCCUGAUCCUCCAGUGGCUCCAAAUGUCACAGAAGUGGGUGAUGACUGGUGUAUCAUGAACUGGGAACCUCCUGUCUACGAUGGAGGCUCUCCAAUCUUAGGAUACUUUAUUGAGAGGAAAAAGAAGCAAAGUUCCAGGUGGAUGAGAUUGAAUUUUGAUCUCUGCAAAGAAACCACAUUUGAGCCUAAGAAGAUGAUUGAAGGGGUGGCCUACGAGGUCCGCAUCUUUGCAGUCAAUGCCAUUGGCAUCUCCAAGCCCAGUAUGCCCUCCAAGCCGUUUGUGCCUUUGGCUGUAACUAGCCCUCCUACCCUUCUGGCUGUUGACUCCGUCACCGACACAAGUGUCACGAUGAAGUGGCGUCCCCCAGACCAGAUUGGUGCAGCAGGUUUAGAUGGCUAUGUGCUAGAGUAUUGCUUUGAAGGAAGUGCAUCAGCAAAACAGUCUGAUGAAAAUGGGGAGGCUGCGUAUGAUCUGCCAGCUGAGGACUGGAUCGUGGCAAACACAGAUCUGAUCGACAAGACCAAGUUCACCAUCACGGGUCUGCCCACAGAUGCGAAGAUCUUUGUGCGUGUGAAGGCUGUGAAUGCGGCAGGUGCCAGCGAGCCCAAGUACUAUUCUCAGCCCAUUCUCGUGAAGGAAAUCAUAGAGCCUCCGAAGAUUCGCAUCCCAAGGCACCUGAAGCAAACCUACAUCCGCAGAGUUGGAGAAGCCGUCAAUCUGGUUAUCCCUUUCCAGGGAAAACCAAGACCAGAACUAACUUGGAAGAAGGACGGUGCAGAGAUUGAUAAGAAUCAAAUAAACAUUCGCAAUUCUGAGACUGAUACAAUUAUAUUUAUCCGAAAAGCAGAGAGGAGUCACUCUGGGAAAUAUGAUCUGCAGGUCAAAGUGGACAAAUACGUGGAAAGCGCGUCCAUCGACAUCCAGAUUGUUGACCGUCCAGGUCCACCCCAGCUUGUGAAGAUCGAGGAUGUCUGGGGAGAGAAUGUUGCUCUCACAUGGACACCACCGAAGGAUGAUGGGAAUGCUGCCAUCACGGGGUACACGAUCCAGAAGGCUGACAAGAAGAGCAUGGAGUGGUUCACUGUCAUUGAACAUUAUCACCGAACAAAUGCCACCAUUACUGAACUGGUCAUAGGGAAUGAGUAUUACUUUCGGGUCUUUGCUGAAAAUAUGUGUGGCCUCAGUGAAGACGCGACAAUGACGAAGGAGAGUGCGGUCAUUGCCAAGGACGGUAAAAUCUACAAAAACCCAGUGUAUGAAGACUUUGAUUUCACGGAGGCACCUAUGUUUACUCAGCCUUUGGUUAACACUUAUGCCAUAGCUGGUUACAAUGCCACCUUGAACUGCAGCGUGAGAGGAAAUCCUAAGCCCAAAAUAACCUGGAUGAAAAACAAAGUUGCCAUUGUGGAUGAUCCAAGAUACAGGAUGUUCAGCAACCAGGGAGUGUGUACUCUGGAGAUUCGCAAGCCGAGUCCCUACGAUGGAGGUACAUACUGCUGCAAGGCAGUCAAUGACCUCGGGACAGUGGAGAUCGAAUGCAAGCUGGAGGUGAAAGGUGGACUCUCCUUCUGCAGGCUCCUUUUGCAAGGUGUACCUCCAAACAUAAUUGAUUCCUACUUGCGAGAUUUGCAAUCGAGCAAUCCUGAGGAGUAUUGAGGCCUGGGCAACUGCUUCUUUGUACUCUGCAGUGUUGAAAUCUGGUUGAAAUGAGAAAGCAUUUUCUGUUUCUUCACUAGGCCCCCAGUGUGGUCAUAUUUUUUUUUCCUCCCAAUGUUGAAGAAAAAAAUCAUGCGCGGAUUGCUUAAUUAAAAAUUGCAAA